AUACCAUAAAUCAAGCCUUUAGUUUUUGUAUGUAUAUAAACUACAGAAAAUGGAAAGGAAAUAAAUAGCAGCAAAGAAGAAGAAUACGGACACACUGAUUCAGUUCAACUCGUAUUCAGUCAACAACUUGUCUAAUUCGCACUCUUUGUCCGGCCUAAUCCUCCAUCUCGUAACCGUAACAGCGUGUGGAUUCGACGAGGAGGCAGAAAAUUGAAAGGGAAAAAAUGGUGCGGAAGCGAUUGCUGCUGCUGUUAAAGCCAUUCGACGUGUACCCAUCUCAUGAAUCCAUCGCCCUCUCCUCCAACUGCAGUAAGAUGUUGAAGGUAUUGAGAUAUCUAGAUGACCGGAGGUUGGUUCACAAAAAUGCAAUAAGCUUCUGUCAGAAUAUUUUGAAGCAAAAGGCUGUAGACUGGAAAGCUGUUUUUCGGAAUGAUCUAUCCCACUCAAUCCAUGGUGUUGAUCUGGUCAUUUCAGUUGGAGGCGAUGGUACACUAUUACAGGCAAGCCAUUUCAUGGAUGAUUCUAUUCCAGUUCUAGGAGUGAAUUCUGAUCCCACCCGACAGGAAGAGGUGGAAGAAUUCGGUGAAGAAUUUGACGCUACAAGGAGCACUGGUUAUAUUUGUGCAGCAACAACUAACAACUUUGAACGACUAUUGGAUGACAUCCUUGAGAACCGCAGUGAACCUUCUGAAGUGUCUAGGAUGGCUAUAAGUGUCAACUCAAAGCUGAUUUCCACUUUUGCUCUAAAUGACAUUCUAGUCGCGCAUCCAUGUCCUGCAACUGUUUCUCGAUUAUCGUUCAGGAUCAGGAACAAUGGAACAUCUUCCUCUUUAAUAAACUGUAGAUCAAGCGGGCUUAGGGUCUCAACUGCUGCCGGAUCAACAGCUGCAAUGCUCUCGGCAGGUGGAUUUACAAUGCCCAUUUUGUCCAAGGAACUACAAUAUAUGGUAAGGGAUCCCAUUUCUCCGGGGGGCAGCGUUCAUUCAAUGCACGGGCUCGUGAAAUCUGAAGAGACAAUGGAUAUUACCUGGUUUUGUAGAGAGGGAAAGAUAUAUAUUGAUGGCUCCCAUGUUGUUCAUUCUAUUCAACGUGGAGAGGCAAUUGAACUCUCUUCCGGGGCUCCUACAUUAAAAGUGUAUUUGCCUAGCCACUUGUUAUCUAAAUGUGUAUAAUUCUUAUGUAUUGAUAAUCUAAAACGGGUAGUUGUUGUAAAAUUAUGCUUUAGAAGCUACUUAGAGCAUCUUAUCUAUUUAAUAUGGAGUUUAUUCAUAAACUCAUAUUGAGAUU